ACGUCCAAUCUCACUCAGAUGGGCGCUGAGCAGUCGCAGCCACAGAUUGCCGCCGCCGCCGCCGGUUCCGAGGGCUACCACGUCCUCAAAGUCCAGCCAGGAUCGCCCGGCGCACUCGCAGGCCUCGAAGCGUUCUUUGACUUUAUUGUGGCCGUCAACGACAUCCGACUGAAUGUUGAAGACGACACGUUCCAGCAGCACAUCAAGCAGAGUGUGGAACGGCCAGUCAUUCUGACCGUCUACAGCACGAAAACAGCUGCCGUCCGAAAUCUGACGCUCAUCCCGAGCAACAUGUGGGGCGGGAUGGGAUUGCUUGGCGUCAGCAUCCGAUUCUGCUCAUUCGAUGGUGCAAACGACAAUGUUUGGCAUGUUCUGGAGGUACAUUCGAAUUCGCCAGCUGCAACGGCGGGAUUGAAGAGUCUGGCGGAUUACAUUAUUGGCACACCGCAUGCGUUGCUACACGAGCCAGACGACUUUUACAACCUGAUUGCCAAUUCCGACAAGACUGCAUUGAGCUUGUUUGUGUACAACACAGAUCGCGACGAUUGCCGAGAGGUUGUCAUCACUCCGAACUCUGACUGGGGCGGCGAGGGCAGUCUCGGAUGCGGCAUUGGCUAUGGCUAUCUACAUCGAAUUCCAGUGAAAAGGCGCGCAGAAGAGUACGAGCAAAAACUGCGCGAGGAAGAGCAACGCAGGAUGCAACAACUCGCCAUGCCGCCGCCAGCAGCGCCGCCAGCCGCAUCAGCUGCCUCCCAGUCGCAGCCGAACGCAGUGUCUCCAUCGUCAUCGCAAGUUGCGCAAUUCUCCGCUCACCACAAUCAAAACCAUGAUGGUGGACACGGGCAUAGCCACAACAACAGCAACGGACAUCAUGGUCACAGCCACGACAACGGCCAUGGCCACAGCCACGAGGACGGACACGGUCAUAGCCACGAUCACGGGCAUGGUCACAGCCAUGAGGACGCUGCGUUCACGAGCGUCCCACUCUUUGCACCGACUGCGCAGACGCAGGACGGCUUUUCGGAAGUCACGCUCGAUUCGCCCUCGAGCACAGUGCCACCAGCGAAUGCCGGGAUGACCAUCUAGUUUUUUGUUGUGUGCUGUGAGGUUCCUUGCCGAGUUUUGCAGCUUCAUGACUGUUGAACGUGCUUUUUCCAUUGCGUUUGUUUUGUUUCGUUGUGUGUAUUCCGCUCGUCCCCUUAUUGUGCCAGCAAUACAUCGAUGAAACUCAGAGCUGCCUCGUAUCUCGAACGCACGAUGCAUUCACACAAGAACGAUGAAGACAAUUCAGUUUACAAGCUCAAAAACCAAAAAGUUAAC